AUGGACAGCGCUUUUGACAACCUGGAUGCUGCAGGCUUCCUACACAUUUGGCAACAUUUCGAUGUUGACAGUAAGAUCUUACUCUUGAAUAGUUAUAACUGUAUGUUGCCUUUUGAUUACUAUUGAUAUUAAUCUGUGUUGGUUUAUCAGGCAAUGUUUUCAUCGAAAUUCCAACUGAACUUUACACCAUGUCUUGGAGAUAAAACAAUACAGAAAUGUGUUUUAUUCUCAUUUUAUGUUAUGCAUUUAUUUGUUUCUAGAUAAUGGUUAUAUUGAAGGAAAGGAGUUGGACGACUUUUUCAGACACAUGAUGAAAAAACUUGGGAUGAGUGUAAGUAGCCUACUGUAGGACUCAACUGUUCCUUUUCCUUGUCAUGCCUAAUGCACAAUGUGUACAUUCAGAUUCCCCCCCCCCCAAAAAAAAAAAAUGACAGUAGGCUUAGGCUAGUAACAUCCUAGAAUAUCCUAUUUAGACCUACUUUGCUCAGCUUUGUUGAUGGCAUUCAAUGGGUGUCAAAAUUAGAUAACCUCUCUGAAUCCAAUCAUUAGUCACAUUUUGUCUUUCAUUGAAAUGGAAUGAAUUCUGAAAGUGAUUUUGCACAGGUAACACUGAAUGAAAUAUCCAAAUAAGUGUAACAAAUGUGUUCAAAAGUCACUGUGUUGUCCUAAAGGAUGAAAUAACGGAUGACAAAGUUAGAAGAAUGAAAGAAAGGUUCAUGUCAGCUUAUGACACAACAGCUGAUGGUCGCCUGCAAAUCCAAGAGGUGUGUUUACUUGUAUUUCCUCAUACCUACCUUCUUCCCCCUUUAUUUGUCUAUAUAGUGCGUUUAGUAUUAAGUAUACUUAGAACCCUGCAGGUGUGUUUGUGUCAGAGAGAGAGAGAGAGAGAGAGAGAGAGAGAGAGAGAGAGAGAGAGAGAAACUGAUCAAACAACAAGUGGUAAUUGGAUUGUAAUCAAAAUGGCCUGACAACACUUUCUGUGUGUGAAGCAGCCUUGAAACUACAUAAUUACUCCGUCAUUUGCAUCAUGUUAUUGCCUUGCUUCAUCUGACAACAUGCAAUUAAUUAGAAUGAGUUUAUGUCGAAAGUGUAAUUGAAUUGCAUCUCAAUUUGCAUCUAAUUUCGUCUUUCACAUUUGGUUUUCUUUGUCCAUAGACUGUAUUUCCUUAAAUGUUAUGUUGACAGAGGAGUAAAUGCCUGUUGAAGCUGAAGGGACACAUACCCCUUCAAUUCUAUCAAUUUGUAGGAAGAAAAUACACAAUAUUUAGUUUGACAAAACAUUUCCCAUCAGUGACCAAAUAAUGCCUGCCUGUGAAUGUUGAUAUUUAAUUUGAUUGAACAUAAAUGUUCCAGUUGGCCACCAUGAUGCUACCGGAGGAGGAGAACUUCCUGCUACUGUUCCGCAGAGAGACGCCAUUGGACAACAGUGUGGAGUUCAUGAGAGUAAGGUCAAAGAUCAUGAAGUGUUGCGGUCCAAAAACAUUCAACAUAUAUGCACAAAAAAUACAAUCCUAUUAUUGGUUGGGUAGUGUGUCCUGUAUUCUCUAGAACACUUUCAUCCAAAAUAAAUUUGCCUCUCACUCCCCCCACAGAUCUGGAGAAACUAUGACGCUGACAGCAGUGGAUACAUAUCAGCUAUAGAGCUCAAGGUAGAGUCGAAGAAUGCCCCUCUACUAAUUUCCAUGCUUUCAGUGAGACCACUGCCAUGGCCCUCUCAGAGACAUUGUCUUAGCUAGUUGUUGUCCAUUUUCUAAGUAAACAUCAAUGAGUGGCUAGAGUUGUUCAUGUUUACACAGUUGCUCUAGGUCUGUUUUGACAUUAAGGGUCUUUCAGAAGGAUGCCCAUUGUCCUCUUAUGUGGACAAGGCAAUAGGGUUGGGCUGAUAUAUGAUUAAAUUGAAUAUCGUGAUAUUUGACAUUGACGAUAUAUCAUGACGUGCAAGAUGAUGUAUCAUGAUGUGCAAGACUAUACUCUAUUUGAACUUUUCAAAUCAAAACAGUGCAGUUUUAUCAGUUAGGCUGUAUCAAUAUGUUGAAAAUGAAGUCUAAAUUAAUUAACUAAGCCUUAUUGUUUUGCCAUACUAAGGUAAUUUAAUUAGAAUGUGACUAUAAUAUCGUACAGUUGAAGUCGGAAGUUUACAUACACUUAGGUUGGAGUCAUUAAAACUCAUUUUUCAACCACUCCACAAAUUUCUUGUUAACAAAAAUAGUUUUGGCAAGUCGGUUAGGACAUCUACUUUGUGCAUGACACAAGUAAUUUUUCCAACAGUUGUUUACAGACAGAUUAUUUCACUUAUAAUUCACUUUAUCACAAUUCCAGUGGGUCAGAAGUUUACAUACACUAAGUUGACUGUGCCUUUAAACAGCUUGGAAAAUUCCAGAAAAUGAUGUCAUGGCUUUAGAAGCUUCUGAUAGGCUAAUUUACAUCAUUUGAGUCAAUUGGAGGUGUACCUGUGGAUGUAUUUCAAGGCCUACCUUCAAACUCAGUGCCUCUUUGCUUGACAUCAUGGGAAAAUCAAAAGAAAUCAGCCAAGACCUCAGAAAACAAUUUGUACACCUCCACAAGUCUGGUUCAUCCUUGUGAGCAAUUUCCAAAUGCCUGAAGGUACCACGUUCAUCUGUACAAACAAUAGUACGCAAGUAUAAACACCAUGGGACCACGCAGCCGUCAUACCGCUCAGGAAGGAGACGCGUUCUGUCCCCUAGAGACAAACGUACUUUGGUGCGAAAAGUGCUAAUCAAUCACAGAACAACAGCAAAGGACCUUGUGAAGAUGCUGGAGGAAACAGGUACAAAAGUAUCUAUAUCCACAGUAAAACGAGUCCUAUAUAGACAUAACCUGAAAGGCCGCUUAGCAAGGAAGAAGCCACUGCUCCAAAACCGCCAUAAAAAAAGCCAGACUACGGUUUGCAACUGCACAUGGGGACAAAGAUCUUACUUUUUGGAGAAAUGUCUUCUGGUCUAAUUAAACAAAAAUAGAACUGUUUGGCCAUAAUGACCAUCGUUAUGUUUGGAGGAAAAACGGGGACGCUUGCAAGCCGAAGAACACCAUCCCAACCGUGAAGCACGGGGGUGUCAGCAUCAUGCUGUGGGGGUGCUUUGCUGCAGGAGGGACUGGUGCACUUCCCAAAAUAGAUGGCAUCAUGAGGAAGGAAAAUUAUGUGGAUAUAUUGAAGCAACAUCUCAAGACAUCAGUCAGGAAGUUAAAGCAUGGUCGCAAAUGGGUCUUCCAAAUGGACAAUGACCCCAAGCAUACUUCCAAAGUUGUGGCAAAAUGCCUUAAGGACAACAAAGUCAAGGUGUUGGAGUGGCCAUCACAAAUCCCUGACCUCAAUCCUAUAGAAAAUGUGUGGGCAGAACUGAAAAAGCAUGUGUGAGCAAGGAGGCCUACAAACCUGACAGUUACACCAGCUCUGUCAGGAGGAAUGGGCCAAAAUUCACCCAACUUAUUGUGGGAAGCUUGUAGAAGGCUACCCGAAACGUUUGACCCAAGUUAAAACAAUUUAAGGCAAUGCUACCAAAUACUAAUUGAGUGUAUGUAAACUUCUGACCCACUGGAAAUGUGAUGUAAGAAAUAAAAGCUGAAAUAAAUAAUUCUCUCUACUAUUAUUCUGACAUUUCACAUUCUUAAAAUAAAGUGGUGAUCCUAACUGACCUAAGACAGGGAAUUUUUACUAGGAUUAAAUGUCAGGAAUUGUGAAAAACUGAGUUUAAAUGUAUUUGGCUAAGGUGUAUGUAAACUUCCGACUUCAACUGUAAAUAAGCACACAAAUUGCAGUCUGGAAUGAUCUAGCCAUUAACGGUGCAAUACGAUUAUAUCGGAUAUAGCCAUAUUUGGAGUAGCAUAUCGUAGAAGAGCUCUCCUCAAAUAUCACCCCAACCCCACAAGGCAAGGCACAAGUACUUUUCUUAAAAUGUCCAAACACUUUAUUGGUUUAUAAUCCACCCAGAGUAAAUUUACCGAACAGUAAAUGGAUAGGAUGUACAUACAGUACAUUAUACUAUUUGUCAACACUUUCAUUCAGAAUAAUGGACAAAAGUGUUAUGGCACACUUUCCCCCGACUUCUCUGAACCCCUCUUCCCGACAGCUAAAGGUCAGAAGCUUCUACGCAUUGCGGGAUUCUCUACUUUACGCGUAGUCUCCGCUCUGCUCGUUUAAUAAAGUUAGAUCAAAGCUGAAUCAAUGUCUGCAAGAUCACAUAAUGACAGUAUUCUACAUACUGUAUAAUGAUAGUAUUCUACAUAACAGAACCGAAUAUAAUAGCAUAGUAUAAUGUUACUGUAAGUGAAAAAACACCACCUAAUUUCUUAUGAGAUUUUAGGAUUGUGUGAAUGGUCGCAUUUUCCUCUCAUGUGGCCAAAACCCAACAGUGUGCCACUAGGCAAAAUAUGUGCUUUGAUUUAAACUAAACACAGGUAUGCUACAGCUGGUCAACACUAUCUGCUCUACAAUUCACUCACUGUACAUAAUUCCAAACAACACUACUCAAGAAGAUCUAAAUGCAUAAUUCCAUGAAACUGAUUGAGAUCAAAUGGUUGGCAUGCAGAUGCUGCAUGGAUGUUUUACCAGUAAAACUUGAUUGACAGUGAAAAAUGUGAAGGGAGGGUGACCACAAACAUUUGUGCGUAAAGUAGAGGUAAAGAAACACUUGAGCAGAAUGUGAUUCAGAUCUUCAGCUCUGGGGACAAGGGAUCCAGAGGGUGGGACGUGGGCGGGACGAGGUGGGAUGGGGUGGUUACCUACGGAUUCGCAGCUUCUGACUUUUUUUAUUUUGUUUCUAUUUAUCCUUUAUUUGACCGGAGACGUGUCUCAGAGUAGUAGGAGUACCUAUCUAGGAUCAGUUUUGUCUUUUAGAUUAUAAUAAAUGGAUCCUAGAUCAGGAUAAUAUACCUGAUCCUAGAUCAGCACUCCUACUCUGAGACACUUGAUAAAUAUGGGCCCAGGUCAUCUCAUUGGCUGUCUUCCUCUGUGUCCUCCUAACAGGGUUUCCUGCAGGACCUAUUCCUCCAGCACAAAAAUACCAUAUCCCCCAACAAACUGGAGGAGUACACCGACACCAUGGUAACAACAAGCCCCUGCUCCUUUACUCUGUGCCUCCAUCUGAGGACGCUUGAACUGUUGUCUCUCAAAUGAGUAUAUGAGACCCUGUUCAAUGGGCAAUUCAAUUUGGAUGUAAAACAGAUUUGUAAUUUAAAUUUAUUUUCUCUAAAAGGAUGAUUGGUGGAGAGUUAUACACUGAGUGUACAAAACAUUAGGAACAUAAAAUGACCAGGUGAAUCCAGGUGAAAGCAAUGAUCCCUUAUUGAUUUCAAGUGUUAAAUACACUUCAAUCAGUGUAGAUGAAGGGGAGGAGACAGGUUAAAGAAGGAUUUUUAUACCUUGAGACAAUUUCAAACAUGGAUUGUGUAUGUAUGUCAUUUAGAGGGUGAAUGGGCAAGGCAAAGAUUUCAGUGCCUUUGAAUGGUGUAUGGUAGUAGGUGCCAGGCGGACUGGUUUGUGUCAACGCUGCUGGGUUUUUCACGCUCAGCAGUUUCCCGCGUGUAUCAACAAUGGUCCACAACCCAAAGGACAUCCAGCCAACUUGACACAACUGUGGGAAGCAUUGGAAACCACAUGGGCCAGCAUCCCUGUGGAAUGCUUUCGACAGCCUUGUAGUCCAUGCCUGACGAAUUGAGGCUGUUCUGAGGGCAAAAGGGGAUGCAACUCAAUAUUAGGAAGUUAUUCCUAAUAAUUUGUACACUCAGGGUACAUUGUAACGCUACUAUGCCAUUCAGUGUAGAUAAGGAGUGCACUAAAUUAGUUAUUUCUCAUUGAAGUAUGUCAUUGGCUGUAAUACUCUUGCCUAUGAAUCCCCUCAAUAGUAUUAGUAAUUGGAUGGUACUGGACUGUGAUGGAGGGUGAUCAGCUCUUUAAAGAUUUUCAGAUAAAGUGAUGUGAUUUUCACUGUUUAACCAGUGUCAUUAAUUGUGGACCAUUAAUUAAUUACUCGAGACUGAGAGAAAAAGUGUGUGUGCGCAUGUGCGUGUGUGUGAGUGAGUGAGCACUUUUAUAUAUUAAUGUCCUGUUGAGUUGAGUAAAAUAUGGUGUGCACAACAUGGGAAAUGCACUGCUAUCAUUUGAUUUAGAUUCUCUUUGGUACUGUUGUACAGUGUUACACAUGACAUGUCACCAAGUACAAUGAUCACCAAGUAAAAUUCUGAGUAUGUAUAAAUGUACUAAAAGGUGAUUCUGAAUCUUAUGUGUAUGUGCUUUGACAAAAUGGCUAAUGAUUCUGAUGCUUUUUUCUGUUUAUUUUCCCAACAGAUGAAGAUGUUUGACAAAAACAACGAUGGUAGGCUGGAUUUGAAUGACUUAGCCAGGUACUAAUUAUCAAGCAAUUCCCUACAUUGCUAGGUGGAUCUUAUUGUGUCUCUAAUUGUUUGUGAAUCACAGUGCCUAAAUGUUUUCCUUCUCACAGAAUCCUGGCUCUAAAAGAGAACUUCUUGCUGAAGUUUGACAUGAAUGUAAGUAUAAAAAUGUUUGAUGAAUUUUGCUGAUAACUCGCAGUCAGAUAAGACUUUAAGACAUUGUCAAUACACACUCCAUCUUCAAUUACUUACUAUAGUCCUCAUUGGCUUGAAUUAGAGGAACUAAAUUGUGGGCGUUGUGGUACCACUCUGUUUCAGGCUUGCAGUCAAGAGGACCGGAAGAGGGACUUUGAGAAGAUAUUUGCUCACUAUGAUGUCGUAAGUCAUUAUACAGUAUGUUUAGCCACAACAUAACUGUCUUCAACUUCAAUUGGGAUUGUAAGGUUUAUGGUGAUAAGCAUAUUACAUGAAAUUGCAGUGCUGGUUAUAAUGACUUGUUGUGAUUUUACUGAUUCUUCAUUGGCCUUAAUUAUACAAAUAUAAUAUCAGUAAAAAUGGGCUGGAUUGGACGUGGAUCAGUACAGGGGCGUAGGCACGGUGGGCCUGGGUGAAACCAGACCCACCCACUGGGGAGCCAAGCCCACCCACUCAGAUUGAGCAAAAAAUAAAUAAAAUAUAUUUGUUUUUAAUAUAUGUUUUUAUGCUAUUUACUUGUCAGUGUUCCGAAUGGGACAUUAUUUGUCUUUUUACCUAAACAUGCAAACACCAUCAGAUAUAAUUCAUAACAAGCUGUGCACUGGGUUAGUCAGAUUUGAUUGAAAUAUAACAGAAUAGAUGACCUGGAAUGACAUUCACUCUCAUGGGAUGGGUUGCCAAAAAUAACUAACUGAAAGCCACACCCCCAAUAAGCCACGAAUAUGACUGCAUUGAAGCACAUGUCAUUGUGCUUCUAUGGCUAUAUGCACUAUGCCACUGCCUAUUUCAUUUGCUCAUUUGGCAAACAAGACAGCUCAUAAUCUUGUGCCUUUAUCACAGUCAACACACCUAUAUUUUAACUUAAAAAAUGCUAGAUUUUCUCUCAGCCUUAUGGCAGAAUAUGUAGAAUAGCAUGAGAUGAGCUAUAAAACUGCACAUUUUCCUCUCUGCCCCAUGGAAAAAUGUGUAGAAUUGCAGGAAAUUAACUUUAAAACGGCAACAUUUUCUCUCAGCCUUAUGGCAAAAUGUGUAGAAUAGCAUGAAAUUAGCUAUACAUUUCUGCAGGCCCACCCACCAAUGAAUUUCUCGCUACGCCACUGCAUCAGUACUAAGAUGUAUUCACAGGACUUAAUGCAUAUUAAAGAUAUAGUGCCAGGAAUUCAUUUAUUUCAUUGAGCCUCUUAAUACCAUUAUUAACUGAAGUGGUGGUCCUGUUGCAGUGCCAUGCUCCUCUGUGCUUCGUGAUUGUGGAUGUGUGAUGUAGUACAUUGUCCCAUUAUUGAUCUAAAUUCUAAGCAGAAUCCUCUUCAUAAUCUCCCAAGGCACAUCAGGUGGUUGUCUUCAUCGCUUUCUCUGAAGUCAGCCAUUUUGUUGUUGUUGUUGUUGUUGUUUCCAGAGUAAGACGGGUGCUUUGGAGGGUCCGGAGGUGGACGGCUUUGUCAAAGACAUGAUGGAACUGGUCAAAGUAAAAAAUAAAGUGUUUUGCUAUACCCUAAUCUUCAAAUGUAGUUAUGUUAUAUAAACGUAUUAUUAACUUAUUGUAAAUUAUGGUCUCCGAAUGGAGGCGUGGGUCCAGAUCCCACUUACGACACCAUGUUACUUUAUAUUUAUAUGGAUGAAGCAAAGAGAAUUGAGUCAAGUUAACAGUAGGUCCAACUGUAUUAGACUGUGAAGGGUUUGAACUGUGAUUGGUCUUGAGCUAAUGGUUUAAAUAUGCUUCCUUUAUACCCAACAUAGCCCACCAUUAGUGGAACGGACCUGGACAAGUUCCGCAAGGUCCUGCUGGGCCACUGUGACAUGAACGGUGAUGGAAAGAUCCAGAAGAAUGAACUGGCCCUGUGCCUCGGCCUGAAAUACUCCAGUUAAUAGUAUUGGAUUUAAUACUCCACAGGAAGAAUGACAGACAUUUUCAUUACCCUAGUUAGCACCACAGGCUAACCACUAACUCAUUGAUAGCAUGCUGCAAUGCCAUAGCUCAUAGCUUUUAGACAACCAAAGAGCAUUGCAUGAUGGUUGGUUGAAAGGAAGUUGUUGCAUAGAGUAGACCUGUUGGGGCUUUUGGGGAAUUCAUUUUGUGAUGACUGAAUCUUUGUUGAUGACAAUUAUGAUUAGCUUUGAGAAUGUGGUGUGUGUGAUCCAUGCACGUGGCAUGAAUGUAGUGGUGAUAUAAGUAUUUUGGGAUUGAAGUUGUUUUGGGAUAUUUGUGGGAUAUAUGUUGACUUUAUUACCAUGAUGGCUGUAUUUACUUUUCAGAACUGUGUUGUUUUUGAUGUGCAAAAAAUAUGAUGAAAAUAACUGUCAUUAUGGUUUAACAUUUCACCUCCUACUUUAAAUGGUGUUGGUAGAGAACGUACUAUCAAAGUAAACAUGUAAUACAAUACAGUAUGAUAUUAUGAACAACAAUCU